AACUACCUUUUAGUUUUCUGUACGGUAACAGUUCACUAUGAUUCAAUAAUAUAGGGAUUUUGUCAUUUUUAUAUAUUAAUAAAAAGUUGCAUGCUCAGUUUGGAACUUUGGAGACCUAAAAAUUGUUUAAAAUAUUAUAUGUUUGGAACGUGUAUUCUGUAUUGCCAUUUAGUGGAAAUAUUAUGAAAGAUAAAUGGAUAAACUGAUCAAGAAUGUCUAAAUUUUAAAUUAGAAAGUUACAUUUUUUUAUCUUAUUAUAGUCUUAUCUUGCAAUUAUAUACCUAAUUUUAAAUUAUAUUAAUAUCAAUAUCUUAUUGCAUAUCUUUUUCACUUCACAGAUUACAUAAUAUUCUUUUAUUGACUUUUGACGUAAGAUUUUCCUACCAAAAUGUCAUAAACAGUUCCAAAAUUCAACUAAAUUCUAUCUGGAUUAUUCUUAAUUUAUAUAUUUUUAAUGCCAUAAUAUUUAAUUUAAUUUAUUUAUUAUAUCAAAAUCUUUGUUGCUCAGAUUAAAGAUGCUCAUCCAUAUUACACCAAAGCUACAUGGCGUAGUACGGUCGCUAAGCACGCCGUCACGAUAUUUCGCCAGCAGUAGCAGUAACCACUAUGACGUUCUUGGAAUUACUCCUAAUGCGACACAGAAUGACAUCAAAUCCGCUUACUACAAACUAUCGAAAGUAUACCAUCCAGACAAGUCUAGCGAUGAAACAUCAGCCAAAAAGUUUAGAGCCAUUACUGAAGCCUAUGAGGUAUUAGGAAAUGUUAAAUUAAAAAAGAUGUAUGAUAAAGGGUUGCUAGGUGCGAGAGGGAGAUCCAGAGUGAGUAAUUAUGAGCCAGACCCUGAGCCGACAGAUCCUACGCUCAAGUUCUAUAAAUCUCGUACAUACCGUAAGGUGGUGCCCACAAUGGAUGGUAGACGACCUAUUUAUGACUUUGAUGCUUGGUCUAAAAACCAUUAUGGAGAUUUAUUUGAAAAAUCAAAAUAUGAUAAAGAGUUUAUAAAAAAGAAGCAAGAAAAACAAUUAGAUUCUGAACAAUCAAAUAAACAAGAAAUUUUUAUGUUUGUGAUGGUCGGUCUAGGAGGCCUGUUUUUAUUUUUGGUAGGUCAAGGCCAGCCUGAUUAUGAUAAGGAUAGAAUUUCACAUAAUAAAAAUGAUACACAGACAAAUAAUUAAAUCGAUCAACAGCUCUUUUGUCUUUGUAGACAUUUCUUAGUAAAUUUUUAGUUAGUUUUAAUAGAAAAUUAAGUACCUAUUGUGAAAUUUGCCCCUAUACCCUUUGCCCCUCAAACAUUGGCUGGGGGACUGGGAUUUACAAGUGAAAGUUCUUUAAAUCCCUGUAUUUAUACUAUUCCUGGUCUCCUGGAUGAUAAGAAUUUUACCAUCAAUGUUUGAAGGGUUAAAAUACAUUUCACAUAUUAUAUUUUUUCAUGUCUUGUAAAUACUGUACAUAAAUAAUUUAACGACAAUGACAUUUAGUUGUUGUAGAAAAACAAAAGAACAUUAAAAAAUACUUCAGUUAAAUGGUUUUUCUUUUAGAAUAAACCAAAAUUGA